AGCCUCUUCAUCUCGCAUGUUUGCGACCGUGACUCGGACUCUGACUCCCCACUCGUGACCUGACCUGACCUGACCGUUCGACCAAGGCUAGAGUCCGUCCCAACACCCCAGUCAGCUCAAGAACAACACCUGUGCCACGCUCUCAACGUUUUCCGUAAGCGUUUGCCCUUACUGAUCAUGACGCCUUCGGCAGACGUCGCAGCGCCGCCACUAGGUAGCUCGUCCAGCAAGCUCGACCUGCUCACAUCUAAAUUGCGAGCCAAGCGCUUUGACAAUGAUGGCGCAGCCUCAGCAUUCAGAACAAACAACCUACAAGGCACAUCCGUUCCUAUGCCAUCUGCGGUUCAGCCAUCUGCCGACGGGGAAGGUUCUGCACUAAGCUCUCACACCACCGCUACAAAGUCUCCUGCCUCCUCGCUACCGGUCACGGAGGUGAAUAGCGCUCCAGCAGAGUCGACCGAGUUCAGCCCAUUCGAUCCGAAGAUAUUGAGGCUGGAUCAAGCUGAAGCACAGCAGGCGCCCAUCGUCGUUCCCAAAAAGCGCAUCAUCAAUCCAAGGCAGCUCGAUCGCUGGCGAGAUUCUGGCAGUAUCAAGCAGCUCGGGGCUUGGAUCGCUGUAUGCAACGAGGCUGUGGUCGGCAAGAAGCUGAGGCAAGAGGUGCAUCUAAGUCCAGCCACGCAAGCCAUCCUCGGCAUCCUUGAUAGCAUCCAAGCGCUGGUCGUCGAGACACCAGCGGACAAAUCCUCCUCGAGCAGAUUUGGCAAUGCAGCGUUCAGAGACUUGUACGCCAAAAUCACGGACAGGAGCGCAUCCUUGCACGAGAGGAUCCCUGGCUUGAAGCAGGAAGCUAUCAAGGAGAUCAAGGUGUACUUCGACGAGUCUUGGGGAAACGCUAGAAGAAUAGACUACGGCUCCGGAAUGGAGCUCAACUUUGCAUGUUGGCUGUACUGCUUGACCAAGCUCAGCGUAUUUGAUCUCGAGAAGGACGCGCCAGCUAUCGUGCUCAAAGUCUUUUGGAGAUACAUCGGCGUGAUGCGAUCUAUCCAGAGCACGUAUUGGCUGGAGCCUGCCGGCAGUCACGGAGUUUGGGGUCUGGAUGACUACCACUUUUUGCCCUUCUUGUGGGGAAGUGCUCAAUUGAGAGAUCACAAGCACUUGCGACCAAAAGCUAUACACGAUGCCGAAAUUGUCGAAGAAUUCUCGGCAGAUUACAUGUAUCUUGCUUGCAUUCGCUUCAUCAACGGCAUCAAGACUGCGUCGCUCAGGUGGCAUUCGCCCAUGCUUGAUGACAUCUCGGGUGUCAGGACAUGGUACAAAGUCAACAGCGGGAUGCAAAAGAUGUACCUGGCCGAAGUACUGCUCAAGCUUCCCAUCGCGCAGCACAUCUUCUUUGGCUCUCUAUUACCGUUUCCUGCUCCUCGAACAGCGGCAGAUGAAGCUGACGACGAGGCAGCGUUGAGAAGUGCUGAGGGAGGAGGAGCGCAGGAAGAUGAGCACGGGCACAUUCAUGUCAAGGUAUCCGAUGGAGCUGCACCUCAUGGACAUGCAGCCAUAGGCAAUGGAGAAGGACAAGCUGCGGGCUGGGGAGAUUGCUGCGGGAUCCCUAUUCCCAGCGCUUUUGCAGCUGCUGAGCAGGAGAAGAUGAGAUCGGCUGGCAACCGCGAGAUUGGAGUCAAUCCUACCAGCAACACGGGAUUUGCCAGCAACGUUCGUCGGGUACCCUUCGAUUAGAAUGGCUCAAGCCCGCGCCCUCUUCCUGCGUCGCUCAAUCUCACGUGUAAUGUAGUCCUCUCCCCGCAAUGAUCUGUUCUGGU